GAUGGUAGAUGCUGACGAUGAUUUGAAUGUAGAUCCUCUUCCUGUUGAUCCUCCGGAUGAAAGUUUGCCUAAUGGUUCGAGUGCUUCACACUCGAAAAAGGAAAAGAAGAAAUGUAAGAAACGAAAACCUGUAAAGCGAGUAGAAAAAAUGGAAGUGGAACCUGAACAAUCGAUAGAAUUAGAAGAUGAACCAAAGGCAUAUAUACCCGGGAGAUCGAGACCACUAAUGCAGGAUGAAGAGCUUGUUAUGGACAAAUCAUCCUACCGUAUGUUUUACCAACUUCAGGUAGAGUCUUCCUGCCUCAGUUUCGAUUUGCUGUUGGACAAUUUGGGUUCGAACAGAGAAAUAGAGGUAAACGGCCCUGCAACAAGCACUUGCAUGAUAACGGGAACCCAGGCUUCUCGGGGAAUGAAGAAUUCUCUUGUUGUGAUGCGGUUGGACAAUUUGAAGCCCUUCUCUAGGAAGGCCAAACCAGAAGGCGCGGAUGCGGAUCAUGAAUCCGAAACAGAUGAAAGCAGUUCAGACGAAGAGGAUUUAGACGCUCAACCGGAUUUAGAAGCGGCCACUAUCAAUCACGAAGGUACAGUCAACCGAACCCGCGCUCGUCAACACGGGGGUCGCUAUUUGGCCGCUUCCUGGUCCGAAGCUGGAAAAAGCUCUCCGUAUCAACUAACGCUUUCGGAGCGGUUGUUGAUGAUUACGUCGAUGAUAGCGAUAUCGCUAUCCUUGCAGAUCCUGUAUCACUACAGUCACUGCUAAAUCCGGUC